AUGCCUUCACAAUAUGAAGAAGAGAGAUCAUGGGAAGCACCUAGCGCUCAAUAUGAUGACGAAAAUGGUGAGGACGUUAUCGAUAAUCCAGAAGAAGUUCUCCAAGAGUGUCUUGAAAAAUUUAAAACACCCGACUACAUUAUGGAACCAGGCAUAUUUGGGCAAUUAAAACGAUACUUUCAAGCCGGAGGAAAUCCUGAACAAGUUAUAGAACAGCUAUCCAAUAAUUAUAGUGCUGUAGCUCAAAUGGCUAAUUUGUUAGCUGAGUGGCUGAUUCUCGCUGAAGUUAAAGUUACUGAAGUCCAAGCAAUGGUUGAAAAUCAUUUAAAGGAAAUGAUAAUAAAGACGUUUGAUCCAAAGAAAGCUGAUACAAUCUUUACUGAGGAAGGAGAAACUCCAGCCUGGCUUACAGAAAUGAUAGAACAUCCUACAUGGAGAUCUUUAAUUUAUAGAUUAGCAGAAGAUUACCCAGAUUGUCUCAUGUUGAAUUUUACAAUAAAGCUCAUCUCUGAUGCUGGGUUUCAAGGAGAAAUUACCAGCAUUUCAACAGCAGCCCAACAAAUUGAAGUAUUUUCAAGAGUUCUAAAGUCAGCUAUUGUAGGAUUUUUACAAAGUUCAGACGAUUGGCAAAAUAAUGUCAACGAAUGUGCCAAAAUGGUCUGCCAUGGUGCACAUACAUAUGUAUACAGUCAAGUUAUUGUUCACAUUCUAUCACAAGAACCUAGAGGAGGCUCAAUUAUGAAAAGACUAAGUCAGGAGAUUACAAAAUGUGCCCAACAAAGUGGUCAUGAUGUCACACCAAUUACAUUGGCACUGACGCCAGGAGAGUCAUGGCGCGGCGCUCGCACAGCCCUUGCUGCAAUGUUGUCCCGUGGAGCUCUUAACCCAGCUGAUAUAUCAGUCCUCUAUAGAGCAUAUAAUCAGCCAGAGCCACCACCCGUACAUUUGCUAAGGAUUCCACAGUUUUUAGAAUUGCUUGUGGAUUCAUUAUUUAAAUUGGGUAGCAAACUAAAUCCAGAGCAUAAAUCCAAAUAUACAUAUCUACUUGCCUAUUCUGCGAGCGUUUGUGAAGGAAUCACACCUGGUAAACCAAUAAAAGAUGAAUUAAAAGCAACUUUACAAGCAAUUGAAAAGAUACAUGCAGUGUGUAGUAGUUCUGUCAGCUCAAGCGAGCUACUUGCAGAACUGCCUUCGCUCUAUCACUGUAUAAGAUUCCCAGUCGUCGGCAUGGGGGUGCUAGUAUGGGUUGAAUGUGUAGUCACCGAACCGUCUUACUUCAAACUUUGCACAGAACAUUGUCCCGUACAUUUAGCGUUGCUCGAUGAGGUCGCUUCGUGUCAUCCUUUAUUGCAUCACAGGCUUUUAAAAUUGUUGAUAAGGCUGUUUGAGUCAAAGCAGGAAGAUUUGGAAAUUUUAGUACAAUUGGAAUUGCGAAAAAUGCUUCUCGAUCGAAUGGUGAACUUAUUAAGCAGAGGCUGUGUAGUCCCAGUAUUGCUUUACAUUAAGAACUGUACUAGUCGCGGGGACGUCGACCUUUCGUUAAUAAGAUACUUUUUAACCGAGGUGUUGGAUGCUAUUGCACCACCAUUUACACCUGAAUUUGUCCAAUUAGUUUUGCCUAUGGUUGAAAAUGAAGAAAUCACAGGUACCAUGAGGGCUGAAGGUGAAAAUGACCCAGUUUCGGAGUUCAUCGUCCACUGUAAGGCGCAUUAUUAG